AUGGUUGCCCCUCCACCAUCUAUUACUCAAACAAAUGAUAGAGAUCAUUACAAUGCUAAACCUAUUGUUUUUUAUGGAGAUAGAUUUGACUAUUGGAAAGUUAGAAUUAAGAGCUUCUUUCUAGGUCACUAUGUUGAUCUAUGGGAUAUGGUAACUAAUUACUACAUACACCCAAUAGAUGAAAGUGGUAACAAAGUGGAAAGAAGAGUGAGGAUUGAUCAACAAAAGAAAGAUUAUAAGAAUCAUCACAAAGCAAGAACCAUCUUGCUAAAUGUCAUUUCAUACACUGAGUAUGAGAAAAUUACCAACAAAGAUAUUGCUAAAUCUAUUUUUGACUCUCUGAGGAUGACGCAUGAAGGGAAUGCUCAAGUUAAAGAAACCAAGGCUCUUGCCUUGAUUCAAAAACAUGAAGCAUUCAAGAUGGAGGAUGAAGAAACUGUUGAGGAUAUAUUCUCAAGGUUUCAAACUCUUGUUAUAGGACUUAAGGUUCUGGACAAAGGUCAUGAGAUUGAGCUUGAGGUAGAUGAGACAAAUAGGAAGAGCAAGUCAUUUGCUCUGAAGUCUUCAGGAAGAUCUGAGAAGACUAAAGCUCUUCAAGCUGAAACUGAUGAAGAGUCUGAAGAGGAAUCAGAAGAAGAAAAUGAAUUGUCUCUUCUGUCCAUACGUGUUAAUCAACUCUAUAAGAAAAGGAAAGGAAAAUUCAAAGGACUAAGAAGGAUAGAAACGAUUCAAUCUGAAUCUGAGUCAGAUUAUGAAGAGGUAUUUUCUGAACUAUCUUGUUCUGAGCUUGAAUUUAGUUUAUCUGAAGUUCUGGAAAAAUAUCAAAAUCUUCUGAACAAAUAUAAGGAUCUGAAAAAGAUUAGUGUAUCUGAAUCAAAAGCUUAUUGUUCUGGUGAUGUCAUAAAGAAGUAUAAAUCUUUCCAGAAGUUUCUUGCUAAAAGCCUGAAUAAAAGCUUAAUGGCUUCCAAGAUUUAUGGUGUUAGCAAGAACAGGACAAGGGGUAUUGGGUAUGAUUCUGAUGAUGAAUAUGAUUCUGAAAAAGAUGGCAAGCCAAAUACUCUUAAAUCUCAUUUUGUUCCUUCUGGGAAACAAAAUGAUGUUAGGCCUAAACAUAGAACUAUUUCUAAACUUAAGGCUAAAACAAAAACUCAUGCCCCUUCUAAUCAUGCAUUCAUGUAUAAAUAUCCUACACAGAAACCCAAGGUUAUUAAGAACUCUGGGAAGGCUAACCCAAAAGACCCAGAAAGAUAUGGGUACCUAAGUAUAAGAUAUUCUAAGUUGUGGAUAUCCUUAGCCGCGAAGUUGAGACACCAACCAUGGUACCUAGACUUUGGAUGCUCGCGACACAUGACGGGAAGAAGGCAUAUGUUCCAAAUAUUGGAACUUAAGCCUGAAGGCAUCGUAGUUUUCAUAAGUGAUCAGAAAGGGAAGAUCAUUGGCUCUAGAAUAGUAGACAACAAUAGUCUCCCUUUCAUUACUAAUUUUAUUUUAGUUGAAGGAUUAAUGCAUAAUAUUUUGUCCAUUAGUCAAUUAUGUGACAAUGGUUAUGACACCAUUUUCAAUCAAAAGUCCUGUAAAGCUGUCAGUGAAAAGGAUGGAUUAGUUCUUUUCAAUGGAAAGAGUAAGAACAACAUUUACAAGAUAAUACUUUCUAAUUUGAAAAAUUAA